UCUGUUUAAUAAAUCUCAUCAUAAAUAGGCAUUUUAAAAAGUCUAGACGCAAUAACUAAACACGAAUUAUCACAUUAUCUCAUGUUAUUCCAUGCCUACAUAAAAAUGGCAUAUUUACGACUUCUAACAACGAAUCCCGAUUCAUUCCUCACUAUAAAAAGAAAAUUUAAUUUCUUACUUAGUUAUUUUUCUCGUCAUAAAUUUCGUUAUCGUUUACAUUGAUACUAUAUUGUUCCAAUUUCAAUGGAAAUCCCGUCUAAAGUCUGUUCUGUUUUCACAGCUAAACUGCUAGACCGAUUCAAAUGUAUUUUGGUAUGCAUUUAGCUAAAAAUCCGCGUUCUUACAUAAGAUACUUUUUAAAAAAAAAUCAACCCCUGAAAUACCAAAAUGAGAGGUUACGUAAAAAUCGACUAAAAUUCAGGCGGAGCCGCGGGUAACAGAGAGCUAGUGACGACAAAAGAAAGAGUCAUUGAUCAUGGCCACGCGCCACGCCAUGGCCAGAGGGAUGAAAACUCAGUACUUUUCGCUUGCCAGUUGGAAAGUUUUACCAUUCUGCUUCCAACGUUUUACAUACUUUUUGAACGGAAUUGUAUAACACUUCAUUAUAUAAUACUAAGGAUUUCAAUUACCUAAUAAAAAAAGCAUUAAGUACCAAUUGACUGAUGACAACAUACAGUUAAGUCAACCAUACGUCAUGAGACCCGGCACAUAACUCUACGCUGUGGUAAUAAAGAGGAAUUUGCAGUGAAUUUGAGUAAGUUGAUAUGCUGUUGGUUAACCUUAGAGGUAAAACUUAAUGGCGUCGUAAGCUCAAAUUUGAUACGUAGGUUUGUUCGUAGAACUGAUGACUUUCUAAAUGGCAAUGACGUUGCCCAUGGCAAUUACCGGGAUUUUAGUGAAGCCGUGGGCGUAUUACUAGGAUACACCCACUUCACUAAAAUCACGUUCACACAUUUAUUGACACAGAUUCACAAUACCCCUCAUAUUGGAACCGAAGGGAUUGAAAACGCCUUAUCGAACAAAGUUCGUGAAUAGCUCGAUAAUAUGCUUUUUUAUACUAGCGACCUGCCCCUGUUAAAUUUAUAAUUUUUGGACCCAGGUGUUUGAGCUGUGCUUUGAUAUGGUAGGCAAUGAGUGAGUCAGUGUCAUCUUCGAUAUAUUUAGAUUGCUACAAACAUAGGUUCCUAAAAAAUAAUUAUUAAGAAUUUAUUAUAAGAGGAGAAAAGGUUUUUUCUUAUUUUGUAGGUACUUGCCAAUCUGAAAAAUAUUCUAUAAUAACAUCAAUAUAAAUGAUGCAUAUUGAUAAAACCCUGAUUAGUAUGAGCAAAGUCAUAAAUCAAAUACAAAGACACAAAAUGACUCGGCAAUAAUUGGUUUCAGUUUGGCCUGAUAGUAACGCAGCAAAAAAUAUGGAAAAUUUUAAAACCUUAAUUUUACAUUUCUAGACCAUGUAAGCACUUUUACGUUAGGAAAAUAAGAGCACUAAUAAGUUUUUUUAUUAACAUUUCUCUAAUUAAAGAUUUAAAAAGCUAACUGCUAACAUAUCAUUGCAGCAGUAACACGUAGUCUUUUAUUUUUACUACAUACUUUUUAAUAUGUUAUUGAAUGUAAAAUAAUCUGAUCAAAGAGUAAAUGGCCUUAUGUCAUUUGUAUGAGUACUUAUAGGUAUGAAUUUGAAUUCCACUUAUUUGUUGUCAUUAUCCUCUUUCGGAAAAUAUAAGUAGGUACUCAUGUACCUACAGCUCAACGCUUAACUAUUUAUCAAUUAUACAAUGCAUGUGCAAAGAUGAAUAAAUAAGGGUAAUUAGUAGUGAUAGGCAGGCAGUUCAACAUAAAAAAGUCAUCAUCGGUCAUAUCUACAUUAAUGUAAAUGCAGAUAUAAGUUCCGUAUGAUUUGUUUUUCUUGCUAGUAAUACGCAAUUAAGUCUAGAUUAAAAGUUCUUCUAAUUUUUAUUUUAACAUAAAUAUAAGAAGAUAAAAUAAUGAAAUAUUUUUUCCAUCACCUCAGAUAAUUUUCAGAAAUCGAUUCGACAUUAAUGAAUAUAUAUGAAAAUGAGAAAUAUUUCAUUAUCAUACCGCAUUAUAAUUACGUACCCUGGCGUGAUAUUCAUAGCUCUAUGUUUCAAUAUUAUCAGCCUAUAGCAGAAAUAAUUUUUAAGAGGUUUUUUCCUUAUAUACAACGGAACUCUCACAACCAAGUACUCAUCAUUUUGGUAGAAAUAAGACCGUUUAUCUAUUUAAAAAGAUAAUGUGUUUAUUUAUGUAUGUAAGUAUAUAAAAACAGAACAUCUUAAUAUUGGAGUCGUUAGUCAGUAUCCAGAUUCCAUGAGAUCGUUGUGAAAAUGGAUUUUAAGAAUAAAGUAGUUAUUAUAACUGGAGCAAGUUCAGGUAUCGGAGCUGCUAUAGCUUUACUAUUUACAAAAAAAGGUGCUAAGGUUGUUAUGGUCGCAAGAAAUGAAGACAGAUUAAAAAAUGUAAGAUCGAAUUGUGAAAAAUUUGGACAUCAGCCUCUAGUGAUUGUAGCUGAUGUUUCGAAGGAUUCAGAAGCAAAAAGAGUCAUAAAUACAACUGUGAGUCAGUACGGACGUAUAGACAUUUUAGUAAAUAGCGCUGGCAUUAGCAAAAUUGCAGGUAUAGUGGACGAUAAUGCAUUAAAAGUAUUUGACGAAGUAAUGAGUGUUAAUCUUCGAUCAAUCGUUUCCCUCACCCAUCUUGCCACUCCACAUCUUAUCGCUAGUAAGGGCAAUAUAGUGAACGUAUCAAGCAUUCCUGAUUUUGGAGCACUGGCAGCUAGAACCUUUUCGUACAGCACUUCUAAAGCAGCUUUGGAUCACUUUUCGAAAUGUGUUGCAUUUGAACUAGCUCCGGAAGGAGUGCGGUGUAAUACCGUCAACCCAAGGCCAGUUCGGACCGAAGUUAUUGCACAUACUGGUGUUAGUAAAGAAGAAGAAGAUGCUAUUUGGAAAGAAAUUGAAAAGGUUACAGCUCUUGGAAGGGUGAGUGACGCUAGCGAAGUGGCCGAAUUAAUUGUGUUUUUAGCAAGUAACAAGGCUAGAGGUAUAACUGGAUCCUCGUUUGUUACUGACAAUGGAUCGUUAUUACAAGGAGUGUCCAUGUCGACAUCGUUUGAGUUUAAGUAGCCUUUUUUUAUUUCAAUAAAAUACAUGCUACUCGAAAUUAAGUAUUUUUAUUAGUUCUCUCACCUUCCGUAUUAUUUUUAAACAAAAAAGAAAAGAAAUGCGGAACCUACAGAAAGCAUGUUUCGAAUUAUUUCAAUUGUUUCUCCCGAU